AUGCAAGCAGGUAUCAAUGACUCUAAUGAGUUGCCAGACCAUAAUUCCGACAAACUUUUUCUUGCCGAUGACAUCGAUGACUCCCAAAACACAUCAUCACAUUUAAAAAAGGAUCAGUUGGAUUUUGUACUUGAUUGUCACAAUGACCAACAAAUUUAUAAAAGUGAUCUUUCUAUACCAAUCUCUAACGAUCCUGCACUAUGGAAAUCAAUAUCAGACACUGAUCGAACGAAUAUAAUUCUGAUGGGACCUUCUUCAAAUCCUAGCAAUUUUCCAAGAGAUCAAAAAGAACACAAAUUCCCUACUUAUAUCUUUUUAGAGGAACAAAGAAACGGAGAAAAAGUUAAAAGAGAUUGGCUCGUUUGGAGUAAGGCUGUGGCAUCACUUUUUUGUUUCCCUUGCUCCCUUUUUGGAUCACCUAACUUAACCAGACCCGGUGUUCAAUCCAGUUUGUUGUCUUGGAAUGGAGCUACGAUUCAUUUGAAAAGUCAAAAGUCCAUUGAGCAUCAGUUAGAAAUACAAAUUGUAGAUGAAACAAAGCGAUGGAAAGUAAUUUUACAAUGCAUUCUUGACGUCACAAUUUUUCUAGCUUCAAGAAACUUAGCUUUUAGGGGAUCCAAUCAAAAGUUGUUCAAAAAUGGGAAUGGAAACUUCCUUGGAGCGCUCGAAUUAAUUGCUCGCCACAACAAAACAUUACAAGAUCAUAUGCAUCUUAUUGCUAAGCACCAAGAAGAAGAAAAACGCAUGCAAGCUCAUUAUUUAUCUUGGAAAUCACAAAAUGAAUUUAUCAAGGAAUGCGGCAAAUUAGUGGUUCGAGAAGUUAUUCGAGAAAUCAAAAAAUCAAUAUAUUUCACCAUCAUCACGGACAGCACUUCCGAUUUGUCCCACAGCGAGCAAAUAACUUUUGUUUUUCGUUUUUUGCAUUUCAAUGAUAAUCAGCUGUGGGAGGUCAAAGAAAGAUUCUUUAAGCUAGAAAAACUUGAAAAGAAGAAGGGAUCUGAUAUAACAAAGUUGAUAUUGAAUGUGUUGGGAGAAAAUGAGCUCGACAUAAAAAAUUGUCGUGGUCAAGGCUACGACAACGGCGCUAAUAUGGCAGGUGUUUACAAUGGAGUUCAAGCUUUGAUAAGACAGAAUAAUCCACAAGCAGUUUUCAUUCCUUGCUCUGCUCACAGUUUGAACUUAUGUGCAAGUACACGCUAUUGA